UUCGUCUCCAAAUAUACAAAAAUAUCACAUUGAGAAAUCUUGGAUUCAGAAACCACUGUUGUCUAUCACGGAGGAAUCAGAUUGCAGGAGAAAUUCCAGACUCACACGGUUAUGGCGGGAGAAGAGAAGAAGAAGGGGAAGAGAGGAAGGGCGUGCGUCGUCGUCUUGGGAGACAUCGGUCGCAGUCCUCGUAUGCAGUAUCAUGCCCUUUCCCUUGCUCGUCAGGCAUGUUUGGAGGUCGACAUUGUUGCAUAUGGAGGUUCAGAACCCUAUUCUGCUAUAUUGGAGCAUAAAUCAAUUCAUAUACACAAAAUGAAGCAAUGGCCCGCUGUUCCACCCAGCCUACCCAAGAUCCUCAAACCUUUUAUGCUUUUGUUUAAGCCACUGAUUCAGUUCUUCAUGCUUCUUUGGUUUCUUUGUUUCAAGAUAGCCGCUCCUGAUGUUUUCUUAGUGCAGAAUCCACCUUCUGUUCCAACUUUGGUGGCUGUAAAAUGGGCAAGUUGGCUAAGGGGUUCUGCAUUUAUUAUCGACUGGCAUAACUUUGGAUACACUUUGUUGGCACUGUCCCUUGGAAGAAGUAGUCGAUUUGUGGCAUUAUACCAUUGGUUUGAGCGGCAUUUUGGGAAGAUGGCUAAUGGUUCUCUAUGUGUGACGAAGGCUAUGCAACAUGAAUUGGCUCAAAAUUGGUCUAUUAAAGCCUCAGUUCUCUAUGAUCAGCCUCCCGAGUUUUUCCAUCCUGCAACUCUUGAGGAAAAGCACAAGCUGUUUUGUAGAUUGGAUGAAGCUCUGAGGGAGCCUUAUGGAUUUCGAGAUUGUGCCACCAUCGGAAGCAGAGGACUCUCCCCGAAGGAUCUAGAUGAUACUCUUUUUAGCACUCUGGUUGGCACUGACAUUGUUUUAAAACAAAACAGGCCAGCAUUGAUUGUUAGCAGCACUAGCUGGACUCCGGAUGAAGAUUUUGGAAUUCUCUUGGAAGCAGCUGUGAUGUAUGACAGACGCGUUUCUGCGAUCUUAGGUGAAGAUAAUUCAAUUGAAGAAGACGUUGUUUGGAAUGAGAUGUCGGGUGGGAAGCAAUAUUUGUAUCCUAGGCUGAUAUUUGUCAUUACAGGCAAAGGGCCGGAAAAACAAAAAUAUGAAGAAAAGAUAAAGAGGUUACGCCUCAAACGUGUCGCGUUUCGUACCAUGUGGCUAUCAGCUGAGGACUACCCACUGCUCCUUGGAUCUGCUGAUCUUGGUGUGUGCUUGCAUACUUCUUCAUCAGGGUUGGACCUUCCCAUGAAGGUUGUGGACAUGUUUGGUUGUGGACUGCCCGUCUGUGCUGUUUCUUACUCAUGCAUCAAGGAGCUAGUGACAGUGGAGAAAGACGGUCUUCUUUUCUCGUCAUCUUCGGAACUAGCUGAUGAACUUUUGCAUCUAUUCAAGGGUUUCCCAGAUGCAUGUGAUGCACUGAAGUUGCUGAAGAAUGGUGCUCUAGAAAUGGGUUCUUCGGCAAGGUGGGAUGUUGAGUGGGAAGCAAAUGCCAAGCCGUUGAUAUCAGAGUGUCCUGAUCAAGUGAUUAGCGACUUGCAGGUCAUCUCCCGGAAUGUCAUUUGAAUUCUGGUUUCCCCGUUGUUUGGCCACUUGGUCGAUCGUUUCGUUGCACGGGAACAAUGAAUCCUUUCAGGCACUGACUUUCGCAUGGCAGAUGGCUUCUGUUCGAAUACUGGAUCAAAACAGUUGGCUGGCCAAACUUUUGCAUCUUAAGAUAUGAUGGAACUGUGCUUGUGUAACACGAAAAUAUAUUCGGAAGCAAGAAAAAAAAAAUUGUUGUAAUUGUUUCUUUAGCCGUGCUUAGUUUUUGACUUCUGCUGAUGUUAUUCAUAUUUAAUAAUCGAUAUGAGAUCACUCGAGUUUUA